CAAAAUUAACAACUACAAAAUUAACAACUCCAGAUUUAACGACUAUAAAAUUGACAACUCCAGAUUUAACAACGACGACCGAUUUGGCAACCACAAAAUUGAGUCCAGAUUCAACGACUACAAAGUUAAUGACCCCAGAUUUAACAACUACGGAUUUCGCGACUCCCGAUUUAACAAGCACCGAUUUAGCGACCCCUGAUUUAACAUCGCCAGAUUUUACAACUAUGGAUUUAACGACUCCCGACUUAAUUGAGCCGACCCCUACGAAUUCUCUAUCCACCACGGACUAUGCCCUCCUCUCCACCACGACGCAUACGUGUCCCCUUUUCACCGCCCCCAUUGCGACAACCUCCUCCCUCUCGUCACCCUGUCGACGCGAUCUCUACGUCCAAUACGGCAUCCCAUUCCAGACCCUCUUCUACCUGGACGCCAUCUUCUCUCCGUCCCCAACAUCGACCUACUUACAAGCCCGUGUCGCCCAUUUAAUGGUCAACUAUUCCAGAGAAGUCUGCACCGACAACGUGGCCGACCUAAUUUGCAACUCGGCAGGAAACUAUUACAACGAGCCACUCGAGUGUGACGAAAAAUCGGAGCGUUGUGAAUGCCUUCGAUCUUCCUACCUGGGAAUUUUCACGGUGGAGGAGAUGGGGACGACAGGUUGUGUGGGGGAGGUCGGGUCGCUCUGCUGGGACAAGGGUGACCCUAAUUCAAGCCCGGAGUCAAGACUGGUCGGAUUAUUGUGCGGAUUUGGAAAUAAGUGUGUCAACAAUCGAUGUACGGUGAGUUCAGGAAUUAGGAGGAAGCGGAACGAAGACAUUUCUUAUCGGAUCUUAUCAUUUCUUUAUCGUGAGAAGAUAAGACAAAGUGCAUUUAUUACCAAUUUAUUAAAAUGUAUAAUGUCGCAAGAUAAGCAAGAAGCUUGUCAUCUUCACUAUGCGUAAUAAAUAAAUUUAGUAUGUACGAAACUAGAAAAAUCGUGACCUUAUGAUUUCUAACCUACCCUUCUAUACUACUCUUAUCUUAAUUUGAUAUCUUCCUAAAAAUCGUGCCUUACUUA